CACUUGACUGUCACUGGAUAAGGUCUCCCAAACCCAAAAAAAUAUCCAUGUCAUUGUUAAGACUGUCAAGCAUGAAUUGAAUGGAUAGAUAUUCCUUUGGUUAAACCCAAACCCCCAUCUUCCCAGAAACCAAAACCCGGCAUCACCUCCCCUCCCCAUUUCGCCAUGGCUGCAAAACUCUCAGCCGUUUUAGAUGUUCACCACUGCAACAUAUCAUAUCCUUCAGACAAAAAUCAGCCACCACAUUUCACCUCUCCGUUAAGAAUCUCCACCAAAAAGUUCACCAUUUUUUGCACUUCAUCCAAAUCUCCUCCAAAAACUGCUCCAGGAAAAGCAGAAUCCCGAAAGAGAAAAACCCCAUCUUUAUCCGAGCAGCUGAAGCCUCUCUCCAACACCAUUCUUUCUGACCGACCAAAUGAAUCCCAUCAACUCUUAUCCAAACCUAAGUCCGUAUGGGUCAAUCCCACAAAGCCAAAGCCGUCUGUCCUCUCUCUCCAACGCCAGAAGCGCUCUUCUUAUUCCUACAAUCCUCAAAUCAGAGACCUCAAACACUUUGCCAAGAAACUCAAUGAUUGUGACCCUGCUGAUGACGCUGCUUUUCAGGCAAUUCUUGAAGAAAUCCCACAUCCACCCAAUAGAGAUAAUGCCCUGCUGGUGCUCAACAGUUUGAGAAGUUGGCAAAAGACUCUUCUUUUUUUCAAUUGGAUUAAGACUCUGAAUUUGUUUCCUCUAGAAACAAUCUUUUAUAAUGUGACAAUGAAGUCUUUGAGGUUUGGCAGGCAGUUUCAGCACGUGGAGAACCUUGCUAAUGAGAUGAUUGAAAAUGGGGUUGAGCUCGAUAAUAUUACUUAUUCUACUAUCAUCACUUGUGCAAAAAGAUGUAAUCUUUUCGAUAAGGCGGUCCAGUGGUUUGAGAGGAUGUAUAAAACUGGGCUGAUGCCUGAUGAGGUGACUUACUCUGCUGUUCUUGAUGUUUAUGCAAAGCUGAGGAAAGUUGAGGAGGUGAUGAGUUUGUAUGAGAGAGGGAGGGCCAGUGGUUGGAAGCCUGAUCCUAUUGCUUUUGCUGUGUUGGGGAAGGUGUUCGGUGAAGCAGGGGAUUAUGAUGGUAUAAGGUAUGUUUUGGAAGAAAUGAAGUCACUUGGGGUACAACCUAAUUUAGUUGUGUAUAAUACACUACUGGAAGCAAUGGGUAAGGCCGGGAAGCCUGGACUGGCUAGGAGUUUGUUUGAGGAAAUGUUGGAUUCAGGGAUUACCCCGAAUGAAAAAACGCUAACAGCAUUGAUUAGGAUUUAUGGGAAGGCAAGAUGGGCUAAAGAUGCUUUGGAGCUUUGGGAUCGGAUGAGAUUGAAUGGAUGGCCUGUGGAUUUCAUAUUGUAUAAUUCUUUGUUGAGCAUGUGUGCUGAUCUUGGGUUGGAAGAAGAGGCUGAGAGGCUGUUUGAGGAUAUGAAGGGAUCUGAAAGCCGUAAACCGGACAGCUGGAGCUAUACUGCGAUGCUUAAUAUAUAUGGCAGUGGUGGGAAUGCUGACAAGGCAAUGAGGAUGUUUGAGGAGAUGUCCGAGAAGGGUGUUGAGCUCAAUGUCAUGGGAUGUACAUGUUUGAUUCAGUGCCUAGGAAGAGCGAAGAGAAUUGAUGAUUUGGUUCAGGUGUUUGAGAGUUCAGUCAAUGGUGGUAUCAAACCAGAUGAUAGGCUUUGUGGGUGUUUGCUGUCCGUCGUGUCCUACUGUGAAGGUGAAGAUGUAAACAAGGUCCUUGCGUGUUUACACAAGGCUAACCAAAAUUUGGUUGCCUUUAUCAAGUCGUUGGAAGAAGAAGAUACUAAGUUUGAGAAUGUGAAACAGGAAUUCAAAGGAAUACUCAGUAACACUGCUGUUGAUGCAAGGAGGCCUUUCUGUAAUUGCUUGAUUGAUAUUUUUCGGAACAGAAAUCUCCGUGAGAGAGCUCAUGAGCUUCUUUAUUUGGGGACAAUGUAUGGAUUAUAUCCAGGUUUACAUACUAGGACUGAGGAGGAAUGGCGAUUAAAUGUCCGAUCACUCUCCGUUGGUGCAGCACAUACUGCAUUGGAAGAAUGGAUGCAAACCUUAACAAAACUUGUCCAGCGCCGAGAGGCAUUGCCAGAAGUGCUAUCUGCAAGCACUGGAGCAGGAAGUCACAAGUACUCUCAAGGUUUGGCCAACGCAUUUGCUUCACAUGCGGAGAAGCUUGCUGCUCCUUUUAAACUGAGGGAAGAUAAAGCAGGAGGCCUCUUUGUGGCAACUCGAGAAGAUGUGAUAUCCUGGGUGCAAUCGAGGGCUGCAUCACUUGCCUCGAUAGCUUAGGUGUACUAAUUGUCAUAACUAUAGUUUUAGCCAUGCUGCUAUGCCUGACAGAGUGCAAGUUUAUUUUCUCAAAUUACUCUAGUCCAAAGUAAGCCAGAGGCGUUAUUGUAACUUGUAGUAUCAGGAUUAUGCUUAUUUAGGUAGAAGGGGCAAAGAUCAACUGUACUUGCUCUUAAGUGGCCCUGCAACUGUACUAAAUUUUUACGCAGACAACUUGGUAAAGUAUUCCUGUCUAUAAUCCAAGUUUUCUUUUCUUUGUCAA